AUGACACCUGGUAUUCUGGACGAUCUGCAGCAUAUGAGCGAUUUAAGGAAAACUUCAGUCAUUAACAAUGUAGACAUUGUUGCCCUACAGGAAACCCAGCUCUCCUCCUCAGGUAGCAUCAAAGAGAAGGACUUCACAUUCUUCUGGCAGGGAAAACCAUCUUCGGAGUCCAUGGAACAAGGCGUAGGCUUUGCGAUAAGGAACCGAUUGCUUGGAACUGCCACACCACCUACAGGAGGAUCAGAAAGGAUCCUUAAAAUUCAGGUCCAGACAAGAGCUGGACCAGUCACUCUGAUAAGUGCCUAUGCACCAACUCUGCCCCCUUCUCCCGACUCCAAGGACAAAUUUUACGAGGAACUCAUUUCCACACUCAGCGAAGUCCCGGACAGGGAAGCCCUAUUCAUUUUGGGUGACUUUAAUGCAAGAGUGGGCGCUCUGCACAGCUCAUGGCGAUCCUGUAUGGGACAUUUUGGACUAGGAAAAAUGAAUGAAAAUGGAGAGAGGCUGCUUGAGCUAUGCUGUCUUCACAACCUCUGCAUCACAAAUACCUUUUUUGAUCUGAAGCCCCAGCACAAGGUCUCUUGGAGACAUCCCAGAUCUAAGCACUGGCACCAGCUUGACAUCAUCCUCACUAAACGCAGUCACCUUCAUCUUGUUAAGGUCACUCGCAGCUAUCACAGUGCAGAUUGUGACACAGAUCACUCCCUUGUGUGCAGCAAAGUGAAGUUAAUCCCAAUCACAACACAUAUAUGA